AUGGAAACGUCGGGCGUCGCGCAGGCCAUCGCUGACGUCUUCACCGACAUCAGCGACGCCAUCGGCGGAAAGGCGGCCGCGUUCGUGGCGAUUUACAUUACGACCGCGUUCCUAUCCGAGAUCGUGAGCAACAACGCGGCCGGCGCGCUUAUGUACCCCAUAGCCGCUCGGCUCGGGGACGCGCUCGGGGUCGUGCCAUCGCGUAUGACGAUUGUGGUCAUGCUGGGGGCGUCGGCUGGGUUUACGCUUCCGUACAGCUACCAGACCAACCUGAUGGUGUUUGCCGCCGGCGACUACCGCUUCCUUGAGUUUGCCAAGUUCGGCCUCCCGUGCCAGCUGUUCAUGAUCGUUUCGGUGAUCAUCAUCUUCGCGCUAGAGGAUACGAUCUGGGCGUCGAUUUCCAUCGCCGUUGCGCUUUUCGCGGCGAUCCUUGCGGGCCCUUUGCUCUGGGUUGUUCUCCCCGAGUCUACGAAGGAUCGGCUCCGUUUCUGGGGGCCCAAAGUGAAGGCACAAUAUGUAAGGGCUCCCGAAUUGACGAACGGGAAGAUUGUCGAUUAGGGCCGUCGAUUAAAGCAGCGGGAACGAGAAACUGGAAGGGUUGCGUUGAGAUGUAGGGUUGCGACAUUCCAGAGUUCUAACGUUUAUUAUUGUACGUACUAUUUUACUAGGAUGAAGUACGUACUAUUUACUUGGAUGAACUUACACUAGUGCAUGAUCGGUCGACUCGAAAGUUGCUGAUAUAAC